GGGGCGCGGGAGCCGGAGCCGGAGCCGAGUCGGAACCGAGCGGCGGCGGCGGCGGCGGCGGCGGCGGCGGGGCGGGGGCCGAGGAGGAGGAGCGCGCGCGCCGCCAUGGCCGCCGCGCUCGCCGACAUGGCCGACCUGGAGGAGCUCUCCCGCCUGAGCCCUCCGCCCGCCGGCCGGCCCGAGCCCCCGCCGGAGGAGGAGGAGGAGGAGGAGGAAGAGGAGGAGGAGGAGGACGACGAGGAGGCGGCGGCGGCGGAGGCCCAGGCGGUGGCGGCGCUGCUGCUGCAGGGCGGCGGCGGCGGCGGCGGCGGCGUGGGGGGCGGCGAGGCGGAGACCAUGUCGGAGCCGAGCCCCGAGAGCGCCAGCCAGGCCGGCGAGGACGAGGAGGAGGAGGACGAGGAGGAGGAGGAGGACGACGAGGAGGAGGAUGAGGAGGAGGACGGGAGCAGCAGCAGCAGCGGCGGCGCCGAGGAGGAGAGCAGCGCCGAGAGCCUGGUGGGCAGCAGCAGCGGCAGCAGCAGCGGCGGCGGCGGCGUUGGCGGCGUUGGCGGCGGCGUUGGUGGCGGCGUCGGCGGUGGCGGCGGCGGCGGCGGCAGCAGCAGCGGCGACGAGACGCGCUCGCUCAGCCCCGGCGCCGCCAGCAGCAGCAGCAGCAGCAGCAGCAGCGGGGAUGGGGACGCCAAGGAGGGCCUGGAGGAGCCCAAGGGACCGCGGGGCGGCGGGGGCGGCGGCGUUGGCGGCGUUGGCGGGGGCGGCGGCGGCGGCAGCAGCAGCAGCAGCGUCGUCUCCAGCGGCGGCGACGAGGGCUACGGCACCGGCGGCGGCGGCGGCGGCAGCGCGACCUCGGGCGGCCGGCGGGGCAGCCUGGAGAUGUCGUCGGACGGGGAGCCGCUGAGCCGCAUGGACUCGGAGGACAGCAUAAGCAGUACUAUAAUGGAUGUAGACAGCACAAUUUCCAGUGGGCGCUCAACUCCAGCAAUGAUGAACGGACAAGGAAGCACUACUUCUUCAAGCAAAAAUAUUGCCUAUAAUUGUUGUUGGGACCAGUGCCAGGCUUGCUUCACCUCUAGCCCAGAUCUGGCAGAUCACAUCCGUUCCAUACAUGUAGAUGGUCAGCGAGGAGGGGUGUUUGUUUGCUUAUGGAAAGGUUGCAAAGUCUAUAACACUCCGUCGACCAGUCAGAGUUGGUUACAGAGGCACAUGCUGACGCACAGUGGAGACAAGCCUUUCAAGUGUGUCGUCGGCGGCUGCAACGCCAGCUUCGCGUCUCAGGGAGGGCUCGCCCGCCACGUGCCCACACACUUCAGUCAGCAGAACUCCUCGAAAGUCUCCAGCCAGCCCAAGGCCAAAGAAGAGUCUCCGUCUAAAGCUGGGAUGAACAAACGGAGGAAAUUGAAGAACAAACGGCGACGCUCGUUGCCACGGCCGCAUGAUUUCUUCGAUGCACAGACACUGGAUGCCAUAAGACACCGAGCCAUAUGCUUUAACCUCUCAGCUCACAUAGAAAGUUUAGGGAAGGGGCACAGUGUGGUUUUUCAUAGUACUGUAAUAGCUAAGAGAAAAGAGGAUUCUGGAAAGAUAAAACUUUUGCUUCAUUGGAUGCCUGAAGACAUUUUGCCUGAUGUGUGGGUGAAUGAAAGUGAACGACACCAAUUAAAAACGAAAGUAGUUCAUUUAUCAAAGCUCCCCAAAGAUACUGCCUUGCUUUUGGACCCAAACAUAUACAGAACAAUGCCGCAGAAGAGGUUGAAGAGAACUCUGAUAAGAAAAGUGUUCAAUUUGUAUUUAAGCAAACAGUGAACGGCAUUUGCAAUCAACUAAAAAUCCGUCUCUCGAAUUAGGGCUGAGCAUUUCUGUUAAAGAGUGUUGCAGCUCGCCUGGUGCUCCUUGGCAGGACUAGGCUUUCUCAUGGAGUACAGUAUGUUAAUAUUGACCUAGAGAACUCACUUGGUAACGGUUUUUGAAAAACCUAUUUCAAAUCAUUUGAAUAAUCCUCCUGUUUUCUUUUUUAUCCUCUAUAAGACUCUAAUUUUUUUUUUUCCUGAGGAAAGCGUUUGGUUUUUGAGUUAUUUUUUUCUUAAUGUAAGAAAAGUUGUAUUUUUUUUUUAAGUAUCUUCAAACUGAAUCCUUUAUGCACCAAAGUUGGUUUUGAAAGGAAAAAUAAAAUCACUUUCUUGCUUGGUAAGCAAGGAGCCAUAUGGAUUUUUUUUAACUUACAGAAAUGGAAAUAUGUGUAACUUGUUAGUAUUGUAUCAAACAAAUGUUGCAUAGAGAUAAUAGAACAUUGCUUGUAAAUAAUUCAGCAGAUUUGUAAUAUAUUUUUAUAUUAUGAAAUGUACUGUAGAUGUUUUUCUAGAGGCAUGAAAGUUAAAUGUAUAUAUUAUGGGUAGAAAUAAUAUUGAAGGAUAUUGUAAUUCACUAGUGCUGCCAGAGGAAUUGUUAAUAAAGCACCUUCUUAACAAUAAAUGUCUUUUGCAGACUUAAGGGACUAUGUACUACUGUUAAUAUCUGUAAGAACAAAACACAUUGAACAUCCUUCCAGAAAGUCUUUUAGGGGAGGACCUAUACCCAUAAUAGAAUUAUGGCACUCAUUUCUGACAGUAACCGUGAAAUGAUUUCCUUACUGUUGGAAGUACAUAUUGUAAAGUAUGUGGUUAUUUGCAGUCAAACUGCAGAAAAUACUCCUGAUUGAGGAGUUUUCACUUUACUACAGUGAUAGAAAACCAGCAGUUUUUACACUAAAUUUUUUAAGAAAAUAAUAGACAAAAAUUAGAGAAAUUUAGCCUUUGGUUCCAAAAUGGGAGAGGUUCCAUGAUGCAUAACCAUUUGUCAUUUACUUUGAAAAAAAAUUAUGGGAGACUUUUUAUUCAUUGACAAUGGGGGUGAAGAGCUAUAUACAUUAAAUGAGUCAUAUAAAACUAAACGAAGUGCCAAUAGGAGCACAGCUACUAUAAGACGUUCUGGAAUGGUUGUUUAAUAAGGGUAUUAUUCAGAUGAUCUGUAGCAAAUGUGACUUUAUUUUUUAAAAAAAGGUGUGUUUUCUUACCCGUUUUUGGUUUUCUUUUGCUUAAGCACUUCAUCAUUGCUUUAUUCUGUAUCUUCGAAGUAAUCUGCAAUCUCUUUUGUUCUUUACAUUUUUUGAUUUGUUAUAAACUUGCCAAAUAGAGGUGUUUCGGAGA